GAAAGAUUUAUCAACACUUAUCAACGAGCUCAACAUUGAGUUCCAAGAAAUGAAAACGAAUCACACAAUGGCUAGAGUGUCUUGCAGCUAGCUUCGUUCGGGUUCAAUGGUUCAAGCUCUAUACAAGUACGAUUCCUACGUGCAAUCGCUUUCUUGGCUUCUUGGGGGAUCAACGUUAUAUAUGCAAAAACCGGCGUCUUGUUUACUUUCAAUAUCGUUAUAGCGACUGACACAUAUUUAAAGAGCAGACAUAAUUGACGUCGAAGGUCAAUAACAGAAGUCACUCGACGACCUUUCUUUGGAAUGAAAUGAUGUCUUCCAAUCGCACUGAUGAAGAUCCAACAUAUUCGAUCAAAUCGAUCAGUCGAUCUGCGAUGUCCGCUAUAUUCGCGAUCACAGCUUUAAUGGGUAAUCUACUAGUUCUGAAAGCAAUACACCGCUUCCGUCGUCUACGUACUUAUUCCAAUACAAUUAUUUGUAACCUCAGCCUGGCGGACGUUUUGUUUUCGACGUUUGUAGCACCAAUAAACGCUUUUUAUUGGUCACAGGAGAAACUGCAACCAAGUUCGUUUACAUGUCACGUAACUGGCGUUGGGGCGCUUUUAUUCGGAAUUUCGUCCAUAUACACAUUGGUGUUCGUGAGUAUUGAGCGCUUUUUGGCGAUAACUUAUCCCUUAAAACAUAGACAGGUAUUUUCGACGAAGGUUAUUGGUAUUGGUCUGAUGAUCAUUUGGUUAUCUACAUUGGCGAUUUGUUUGCUAUCAUUCGCAGUGUCAAAGUACAAGUACAUUGAAAGCUUUUACCACUGUAUAGCUGCCUGGGAUGAAAGCCUUGCGUAUACAGUGACAAUAAUAUGCGUUGGUAAUGUUCUACCAAUGCUCGUGUUAAUCUAUUGCAACGUACGCGUUUUUAAAGUGAUAAGAGACAGGAGAAAAUUGUCGAAAAUACGAAUGACGAAUCCGAAUCGCGACAAGGUGAACGCAAUGAAAAGUUCUCAAAAGAGAGCAUCGUUUAUUGUUAUGAUCGUCAUUAGUGUUUUCGUCAUUUCCUGGACUCCGUACUGCUUGUCGAUGUUGUGUUUGGCAAUCGACGGCUGCAGAUUGCCGCCAUGGUUCAUGUCAGCAUCUGUAGUGCUAACCAUUGCAAACGGCAGCUUUAACCCUCUUAUCUAUGGGCUAUUGAACAAGAACUUUCGUCGAGCUUUUGCCGAGCUGUUGCACUUAUCAAAACGGCAGCAAUUGGCAGUUGUAGCACAAAGUCCAUCACACGGGAUACCAAAAUUCGUUCGAAGCGAACCUUCAACCUCCACCCAAUCGUAGACAAGUUUAACGUGAACUACAGCUAUUACUUAGAUACGAUUAUCAAAUAUAUUUUUCUACCACAGCGAUGAUCUAUGCUAAUUUGUCGUGACGAGAGAAGAAUUAAUAGAUUAUAUUUGUGAUCUUAUGUUUUAUGACAUGCAGAGUUAUCGUUUCAACAUUUUACAAUUCAAUGUAUGCAUUUGGUAAACGUUGGGCACUGAAACAUUGACUUUUGUUAGAUAGCUACGUAAUCUUACAACAUAUCUACGGAAUAAAUUAUUACAAUUA